ACUGGAUCAUCAGUAGACGUGUGACUGGAGUUAUGUGACAAUGCAGGACAAGGCCAACACGGAUUCACAAGACAAACCAGAGGGAGAGAUCAGUGAUCGAUGUGUGCAGCAGCCUCAAGAUGAGAGGACAGCAGUGCGGGCAAGAGCCUUCACCAGGUGGAUGAAUGUGUUCCUGCAGAGACGUGAUCCUCCGGUCGAAGUGCACAACCUGUUCACAGACAUCCAGGAUGGCAGGAUACUGAUGGCUCUGCUGGAGGAGCUGUCCGGAUGCAAGCUGCUUUACAGGUUCAGGGCGUCGUCUCACCGCAUUUUCAGACUGAACAAUAUUUCCAAGGCCCUGGCUUUCCUGGAUGAUCGACAUGUGAAGCUGCUUGGCAUCGAUGCCUCCGGUAUUGCUGAUGGGCUUCCCGCUGUUGUUUUGAACCUAAUCUGGAACAUGAUCCUGUUUUUCCAGGUAAAGGAGGUGACGGGAGGCCUCCAGAGGCAUUUGUCUUCUAGCCUCUCCUCCUUAUCAAUGAGCAGUUACCCCUCCUCCGGCGACCUCUCCCCCCAGCCAAAUGACAUUGGCAGCUACUCCUGCAGCACCCUGCCAAGCAAAGGCAGAAAGGCUGCCAGAAAGCCAAAGUACCACGGGAAAGCAAUCAAAACUCUCCUGCAAUGGGUCCAAAGAUGCACAUCAAAGUUUGGGGUGGACGUGCAUGACUUUGGGAAGAGCUGGAGGAGUGGGCUGGCAUUCCUAGCUUUGAUUAAGUCUUUAAACCCGGCCUUGGUUGACCUGAGGGAGAGUCUGUCCAGAGAGCCAAGAGAAAACAUUCAGCUGGCCUUCACGAUAGCCAGUCACAGUUUGGAUAUUCCACCUCUGCUGGAGCCUGAAGAUGUGUUGGGCACUUCACCAGAUGAGCGGUCCAUCAUCACCUAUGUGUCCAUGUUCCUGACGGAUUACUCAGGCACAGACAAGUGUCAUACAGCAGAUCUUGGAGUUCUUGAGAUCCCAAAUUUUGGAUCGCUUGAGUCCGUCAGCUUUGGAGAGACCCUCGCUGAUGACCCAGAGGCCCAAGCUUUGCUCCAAGGCAUGGAGAAGUCCAGUGAGCAGGGACUGUGGAAACGAUGGGCCAGAAGAUCCUCAGGGAGCCCCCGCACCACCCUGCUUUCUGCAAGUGAGGCCAUGUCACCGUUCAAUAAAAAGAUAAGCAGGAGUCGAGGCAUUUUACAGCCACCCAGUCCGCUGGAUGCAGGCAUUGGCAGCCCAGAGAUCCGAUCAUGGAUGGAGAAAGCGUCUGUGGAGCAGAGCUACAGCAAGCCGAGAGUGGAUGAAAGUCACUUUUCUUUGAGCUCAGAGGAAGGAAUCUACAACUUGUCAGCACUGGACUCAGACGAGGAAGAAGCCUACAGCUACAUCCUGGAUCUGAAUAAAGAGGUUUUCCCACCGUAUAAUCAGCUGAAGAGACAAGUGCCAAGAGUUGAGGAGGAAACAGAGGAAGAAAUGCUCCUGAACGGACAGCAGACUGAAGAGUCGGCUCAUCUGGAGAUAUUUGAGACGUUAAACGGCAGCGAAUCUAAACAUCAAGAAGGCUCACUGGAACAAAAUGUUGAUUCAGAAGUCAGGGCUCAGUCAGUCGUUCACAGGGCGUUUGAUAGGGACACAGAUGAAAGUAGUUCCAGAGAGACGGCAAACGGCAUAGUUGUGUUUGACGUGCAGCCAGAGGAAGACAGCACAGAGGAAUGUAAAAAUGAGACAGUUGUUCGAGGACAGAGUAAUGAUGAUGGCAGUCAUUGUGAGGAAGAGAAGGAGGAGGAGAAGACAGAAAAUACUAGAUUGGUGAAAUGUGGUGAAAGAGAGGCUCUGGUGGAUGAAACCGAGAACACAAAGCUUCUUGAAGCAGCUAGUUGGAAGACAGAGGUUGAGGAUGACACUGAUAGAGGGCUUUUUGAAAAAUGUGGACAAGUGAGUGAAAAGAAAACAAUGGACGAAGAAGAUGAGGCAGAGAAUGUGACGAUAUUUAAGGAAGUCCAGGACAGAAUGUUAGGGAGAGAAAAAGAGGAAGAGGAUAGUGUAAAAGAGGAAGACGGUCAGCAGAGUGUUGUGAGCUCAGAAAGCUUUAAGGUCGGAGUAAAUGAAAAAAUAUUAACUGACGAGGUUGUAUGUGGGGCAAGAUGGGCCGGAGCGACUCAUGCAAAAGAACAAAAUGACGGGAAAGAUGAUGCCCCUGAAAUGGAAGAUUUAACUUGUGAAGAUGAAGACAAGGACAGAUACAGUGCUGAAGUCAUGAAUUCAGUGGAUUCUGAAGCAGUGAGAACAGAAGAGGAGAAAGACGGGGAAUUAAGGAUUAAAAGACGUAAGCUCACUGAGAAGACGGCGACGACAACAGACCAUCCCAAUGAAACAGCCCAAAAAAAUGACACUAAUGGAGGUGUUAACGUCCAUGAUGGUGAGCGAUGGACUCCUGCCUAUGGUGCAACUUCUCUAUCAUUCAGAGCAGAGGGAUUCACUCUUCACUCUUCAGCCGCCUCUUGUGACAUAACCCCAUCAGAGCUGGAAAUGCUUGUGGUCUUGUGGAUCCUGCUCUUCUGCUGCUUCAUCCUACCUCAGCUGAACUUCUGAGUCCCUCCUGCAGUGCUCCCUCCCUAUUAAGAUAUGCUUAUUAGCCCAGUUCCCACUAAUGAGCCAAACAAGGACACUCAGGGCUGACUCUUUAUCUGUGUCACUAAAUUUCCCUCAAGGCAACAUUUAAUGAUUGUGUUUGCUUUUUCGCUGCCAGCAGAAAUAAUUUGUCUUUUGGGUUAUAGUUUCAGAUAAAACACAUGAAUGCUGUUAUCUCCAUUAUGACUCAGUUUGUCAGAUACUUGGUCUCACACAACUCAAAUUAUCAGACAUGGGGUUUUUUUUUUCUGCAUGUCCAAAAUUCUCUGUUUGAUUUAUUUUUUCUGGCAGAAAUCCUCCUUUCAAUUUCAGUUGACUUUAUCGACCACAUGGAGGCAGCGCAGCAUCACAGCAGAGACUGUCUCAGACGACAGACCGUCUCUGCAGCAUUCUGUCGACUACUGAGAAUCUGACCUGCUGUUUAAUUAGAAGCUGUAUUGACACGCUGAGAUUAAGCAGAUAAUAUUUAAUGAGCACUUUGACAUUUCGCACUCAGAACGUAUACAUUGUCAUUGUUUUGAUCAACAAUGUUGACUUUUUACUUGACUUUUCUGUGACUAUGAAAUAUAAAUAAUAAUUCGUACUCUCAUGUAUCUUCUGGUCCUUUCCAUGAGGUCAAAUCAGAAAUCAGCCUUGUAAAUAUUCUAUUUGAAGGUGCUGUAGAUGCACUGGGGGAAUUAGUAUUCA